UACGCAUAAGCUUAGUACCGAAAAUACGAUGAUGUUUUUGUUAUUGCUGUCAGUGUGCAUUACUUUGGCAGCCGCAGGCAGGUCUCCGCAAGCAGAUAGUAUCGAGAAAUUGAUAAAAAACAACUUUUUUGGGAGGGUAUCUGAUAAUAUAGCUCAAGAUGCUAUCCUCGAUGUGCCUGACUUAAUCAGAAAAUACAAUUAUCCAGUAGAAGAACAUUCGGUUAUAACUCGAGAUGGCUACAUUAUUGGGCUUCAUCGUAUUCCGCAUGGUCGCGAUAGUAAUACAACCCCUGGAAACAAGCCUGCGGUGCUUGUUAUGCAUGGGUUACUAGGAUCCUCUGCCGAUUGGGUUCUAAUGGGUCCCGAAACCGCAUUAGCCUACAUCUUAGCUGAAGAAGGAUUUGACGUAUGGCUAGGAAAUGCUCGUGGCAAUUUUUACUCUCGCCGACAUUUGCUAUUGAAUCCCGAUGAAGAUAACAAUUCAUUCUGGCAAUUCUCAUUGGAUGAGAUAGGAAACAUUGAUUUGCCUGCUGUGGUAGAUUAUAUUUUGAGGAGAACUGGCAGAUCAGGUCUUCAUUACAUUGGAAUGUCACAAGGCACAACAGUAUUCUUCAUCAUGGGGUCCUUAAGGCCAGAGUACAGCGAAAAAAUUCUAUCAAUGCACGCCUUAGCACCUGUCGCUUACACAACACAAGGAAGAAAUGCUUUGGUGGAUGCAUUGGCUCCGGUAGCGGCAAACAUUGUGUCGUUUAUAACUACGCUCGGAUAUGGUGAAAUGUUUCCCAGGAGUGAUUUAUUGGCAGCGGCAGGCCUAGCAUUGUGCAGAGAUCAGGCAAUUACUCAACAGCUCUGCAGUACCAUCGUAUUUAUGAUUGGUGGCUGGAAUGAAGAUCAACAUAAUGCGACGAUGUUGCCUGUUAAAUUUGGACAUACACCCGCCGGUGCAGCUUUGAGACAGUUUGCCCAUUUCUCUCAAAACGUAGCAAGCAAGAGAUUUCGCCGCUACGACUAUGGCCUGGUCCUCAACGUAUUAAAAUAUGGCUCCGCGAUUCCACCAAACUACAACUUGAGUAAUAUAAAGAAUCCAGUAUUCCUACAUUUUUCGGAAGGUGACACCAGAGUAGCUGCAGUAGACGUCGACCGCCUUUACGACGAGUUAGGUGGACCUAAGGAAAAAAUAUUAGUUUCACAAAAGACAUUCAGUCAUGUUGAUUUUAUGUGGGGAACAAAUGCUAGGUAUUACGUAUUUGACAGAGUUAUACGUGACAUAAGGAAAAUUGAAAACGCAUGAAGAAUCAAAUGAGGCUAUUAAUAAGAAUAUAAUUUAUUAUUUUUAA